GUCCGAGCGUGCCCGUGACAAGCAGCCUUUCUCCUUGGGCAACGCCCUUUCAGCCUCCAUUGGGCACCUCAGGUGUGAAUGCAACGCCCAUGCCUUCUGUUCAGGGAGAAGUUCUUGCCAUGGUUGCUACAGCCAUGAAAGAGAUUUCAACCACUCAACAAAAGCUUGCAUACAACCAAAACCUCCCACCUAUUCAGUUUCAGAAAUUUGGUGGCAUCCCUGCAGAGUUUCCCUUGUUUAAGCAACGCUUUGAGCGCAUAGUGAUGUCACGAGAAGAUAUGGAUGAUAGCAGCAAAAUGACUCGCCUAGUGCAGUUCUUAGAUGGGGACGCCAAACAGGCAGUAGCAGGCCUUGAGACAUCCAAAGAUGGACUCCAUCAAGCACUGCAAAUCCUCGAACAACGGUAUGGACGACCGUGUGUGAUUGUUAACUCUGUCAUCAACAGUCUGGUAAAGGGUCCUCCCAUAUCUGUCAGCGACAAGAUCAACCUUCGGAAAUUUGCUGAUACUGCUACAAGAGCCCUUGCAACGCUAACGUCCAUGAACUGUCUGUCGCAAGUCAACCAAGGUAACAUUGUUUACAUGACAGAACGGCUACCAAAGCCACUUCAGGACAAGUUUGCCACACUGGCCUGUGACUUGGAAACAAAGGGCCAACAUUUCCCAACUCUGACGGAUUUUGUUGGUUUUGUGAACAAGCAUGCAAACAUUGCUAACCACCCAGUCAGUGGCAAACCCCAGCAGUUCAACUACAAUAACAACUCCAAGAACAAACGGCUGCCACCAAAUGAGAAAAUGGACACUCCUAAAUACACAAUGAAUAUCAACGAUGGUGGGAGGCCGCCACCUAAGACGCCUCCAAAGAGAGGCAGAGACAAAACAAAUAGCUGUCGCCACUGUGGUCAAGCACAUCCACUCUACCGAUGUGAAGCAUUUAAGGCGAAGACGCCAAAGGAAAGGAUGUCCUUCGUUACUACGAAGAGGCUGUGCCCUAACUGCCUCAAGGGUACCGAACACUCAACAGAUACCUGCCCCAGCAGGUUCAGAUGUCGAGUUGAAGGAUGUGGUGCCUUCCACCACUCGCUCCUUCAUCAAACACAGGCUCAGCAGACACCUGGAAAUUCUACUUCGGAGGACCAAGCUUCAGGAGUCAAUGCCACAACCUCAACGCCUGUCUGUCCCACUGCAGGGUCAGGGGAUUCAGAAACAGUCCUCUUACAGGUCGUACCGGUGCGAGUAAUUGGCAGUAAUGGGUUGGCUGUUACCACUUACGCAAUGCUAGACUCCGGAUCUGAAGUCACUCUCGUGGACCCAUCAUUGGUCAGCUCCCUAGGACUCUGUGGCCGACCUGACCAUUUACUCCUCUCAACUGUGAGCAGUUGCAAUGAGCUUCAAAGGGGAGAAAGGGUUAAUCUUGCAGUUGAGUCUCUCAUUGACGAACAGCCACAACAGCUUCAGCUUAAGGAAGUGUGGUCUGGGAAAGAGCUCAACAUCCCGUUGCGCCACCAGCGCAUAGCCAUAAGCAAAGAAAGAUGGCCGCAUCUUCAAGAUGUUCCUUUUCCGGAAGUUGAAAGGCAGAAGAUCUCACUCAUCAUAGGGACAAAUAUUCCUGAAGUGUUUGUUCCCCUGGAGGUUCGUCAUGGAGGACCAAAUGACCCCAUCGCGAUCCGUUCGUGCCUUGGCUUUGCUGUCCUCGGUAGAUCAGGUGAAAGAACGACACAACAGUGCCACAAUGUUUACCACAUCCAUACCUCCGCCAAUGACAUUUCCCUCCACCAUCAAGUUGAACUCUUCUGGGAGUCGGAGUCUCUUGGCACUACCAAACCUUACAAGUCCAUGUCAGUAGAAGACAGGUAUGCCGAACGGGUUAUUAACAGCACGAUUUCAAAGUCAAAUGACCAUUACUGCAUGGGACUCCUUUGGAGACGUGAUCCACCUGACCUUCCCUUCAACCGCGCAAUGGCUGAAAUACGUCUCCGUCACCUGGGGCGACGCCUUGAGAAGGAUGAAGUCCUGCAUGAGAAGUACCGUUCAGUUAUCGAUGGUUACAUUGCCAAAGGCCAUGCUCGUAAGCUCACUAAAGAACAUGCUGAACAAAGAAGUAACAAGACCUGGUACCUUCCCCACCAUCCUGUUACUAGCCCCAACAAACCAGGCAAGAUCCGUGUAGUGUUCGACGCAGCGGCAAAGUUUCAAGGCACUUCGUUGAAUGAUGAACUCCUACAAGGUCCAGAUUAUAUCAACACCCUAGCAGGUGUUCUUAUGCGGUUUCGACAGGAGGAGGUUGUUCUCAUUGCAGACAUAGAACAGAUGUUCCACCAAGUUCGGGUACCUGCUGAAGACUGCGAUGCCCUUCGGUUCCUGUGGUGGACUGGAAAUCUCAGUGAUGAACCCGAGGAGUACCAGAUGCAGGUCCACAUAUUUGGUGCCACAUCCUCCCCUUGUUGCUCCAAUAAAGCUUUGCGACAAACUGCUGACGAUAAUGAGGACAAGUAUGGCAGCGAAGUUGCAGAAACCGUCCGUCGUAACUUUUAUGUCGACGACCUCCUUAAGUCUAUUCAGACAACUGAUCAAGCAAUCACCCUUGCCUUUAAAUUGGUUGCCAUGCUGAAAGAGGGCGGCUUUCACCUGACCAAGUUUUUGAGCAACAGAAGAGAGGUUCUGUCUGCGCUUCCUUCCCAAGAAAGAGCCAAUCCAACUCUUAACCUUGAGUUGGACAGAUUACCAAUCAAUCGUACCUUGGGUCUUCACUGGGAUGCUGAGAGGGACGUAUUCUGCUUCAAGACAGUGACUUCCACCAAACCUGCCACGAAGCGUGGAAUUCUCUCCACCAUAAGCUCGCUGUUCGACCCUCUCGGAUUCCUGUCACCAUUUGUGCUCCCAGUCAAAGUGCUUAUUCAAGAUCUCUGGAAAGAGAAGGUUGGAUGGGACGAAGAAAUCCAAGACCACCAUUUGAAAGUUUGGCGACGCUGGACACAUUCUCUUCCACAGCUUGAGGAGAUCCAGUUACCUCGCUGCUACAGGAACUUAAGUAUGCCGAGCAAUUGCACAGUUCAACUCCACAUGUUCAGCGAUGCAAGUGAGUAUGCCUACUCAACCUCUGCAUACUUAAGACUGAGUGACAACCAUGGUGACCAAACACACUGCUCCUUUGUCUUCGGUAAAUGCCGUAAUGCACCCCUCAGGAGACCAACCAUCCCACGCCUCGAGCUCAUGGCGAGCCUGAUGGCAGUCCGAACCAGCAACCUCAUUAGGGCUGAGCUUGAUUUUCCCAUCGACUGCAUUGUUUUCUGGACCGACUCACUAACAGUGCUCCAGUAUAUCAAGAACAAAACGAGAAGAUUCCAUCGCUUCGUUGCCACCAGAUUAGAGGAAAUCCAUGAGCAUACUACACCCGAUCAGUGGCAUCAUGUCCCAGGAACCCUGAAUCCAGCGGAUGAUGGAUCUCGAGGCAUGCCUAUAGAAGCCCUUCACCCUGGAUGCCGCUGGUGGACUGGACCCAAAUUCUUAUGGCAAACAGAGGAACAUUGGCCUCACCGCAAAGUGGGUGACAUCCUGGAGAAUGACAAGGAAGUAAUCACUCCGAGAACCAAUCAGAGUAUAACAGCUACAGCUGUUUCCUCCUUGGAUGAAUUGUUGAGGAAGUUUUCCUCAUGGCCUAAGCUGGUCAGGACUGUGGCAUUGAUCAUGCGUUUUCUUCAAUUUGUCAGGUCCAAAUGCAGUGUACCAGCCAUAUCUAACCAUGGCGGGAUCAGAUUAACAGAGAUGCUCACCGCUUCAAAGGCCAUCAUAAAAAGGGUCCAACGGCAGUAUUUCCAAGGAGAGCUGGAAGCCUUGGAGUCUGGUAAACCUGUGAAGAAAGACAGUAAGUUAAGUACACUUAGUCCAAUCCUCGUCAAUGGUACAAUAUGCGUUGGAGGCCGGCUACGACAUGCACCAGUAGCCUUUCAAGCCAUCCAUCCAUUGGUGAUCCCAAGCGAGCAUCCCAUUGCUACACUGCUUGUUCGACAUCACCAUGAGAUCUUUGGACAUGCAGGUCGGGAACAUGUGCUAUCUACACUGCGUCAGAAAUUCUGGAUUCUCAACGCCCGCGCAUUGACCCGACGUAUACUACGCUCCUGCAUAGCCUGCCGCAAACGACAUGAAGGUGUCAUGAAACAGAUGAUGGGAGACCUACCGAAGCCCAGACUCACACCUCAUGAGCCACCCUUUACCUACACGGGGGUGGACUUCUUCGGUCCCUUCCACGUCAAGAGGGGUCGUAGCUCUGAGAAAGUUUAUGGAUGCAUCUUCGUCUGUCUCACCUGCAGGGCUAUCCACAUUGAGGAUGUUGGAUCCUUAGAGUCAGACGCCUUCAUCCAAGCCCUGCGACGCUUUAUUAACAUUCGUGGGGCCGUCAAGGAAGUCUGGAGUGACAAUGGUACCAAUUUCACUGGUGGUGAAAAGGAAAUUAGAGAUGCCAUUCAAGACCUGGACCACAACAUCAUUCAGAGAUCCCUGCAUGAGAAAGAUGUCGAAUGGCAUUGCCAACCAUUGACAAAGUGGCAUUUCCACCCCCCAACCGCCAGCCAUAUGUCCGGGGUGUGGGAGCGACUCAUCAGGAGUGUCCGUGGUACCAUGAAGGCCAUCCUAGGUCACCCUCAUGCCUUCAUUACCAGGGAGACCCUCAGAACUGUCUUUGCUGAGACAGUCGGAAUACUCAACAGUCGGCCUUUAUGCCCAAGCAGCGACGACCCUGAUGACUGCGAACCCAUUACUCCCAGUCAUCUCCUACAACAACGAAAAGGGAUGUCUUUGCCGCCAGGAGAUUUCCAAGACAGAGACCUGUAUUCCCGCAGGCAAUGGCGAAGGGGCCAAAUUCUCUCAAACCACUUCUGGGUUAGAUGGCUGCGUGAAUACUUACCCCUGCUUCAGGAGCGCAAGAAGUGGAUUCUCAAACGGCGCAACUUGGAGGAGGUUGUUCUCAUUGCAGACAUAGAACAGAUGUUCCACCAAGUUCGGGUACCUGCUGAAGACUGCGAUGCCCUUCGGUUCCUGUGGUGGACUGGAAAUCUCAGUGAUGAACCCGAGGAGUACCAGAUGCAGGUCCACAUAUUUGGUGCCACAUCCUCCCCUUGUUGCUCCAAUAAAGCUUUGCGACAAACUGCUGACGAUAAUGAGGACAAGUAUGGCAGCGAAGUUGCAGAAACCGUCCGUCGUAACUUUUAUGUCGACGACCUCCUUAAGUCUAUUCAGACAACUGAUCAAGCAAUCACCCUUGCCUUUAAAUUGGUUGCCAUGCUGAAAGAGGGCGGCUUUCACCUGACCAAGUUUUUGAGCAACAGAAGAGAGGUUCUGUCUGCGCUUCCUUCCCAAGAAAGAGCCAAUCCAACUCUUAACCUUGAGUUGGACAGAUUACCAAUCAAUCGUACCUUGGGUCUUCACUGGGAUGCUGAGAGGGACGUAUUCUGCUUCAAGACAGUGACUUCCACCAAACCUGCCACGAAGCGUGGAAUUCUCUCCACCAUAAGCUCGCUGUUCGACCCUCUCGGAUUCCUGUCACCAUUUGUGCUCCCAGUCAAAGUGCUUAUUCAAGAUCUCUGGAAAGAGAAGGUUGGAUGGGACGAAGAAAUCCAAGACCACCAUUUGAAAGUUUGGCGACGCUGGACACAUUCUCUUCCACAGCUUGAGGAGAUCCAGUUACCUCGCUGCUACAGGAACUUAAGUAUGCCGAGCAAUUGCACAGUUCAACUCCACAUGUUCAGCGAUGCAAGUGAGUAUGCCUACUCAACCUCUGCAUACUUAAGACUGAGUGACAACCAUGGUGACCAAACACACUGCUCCUUUGUCUUCGGUAAAUGCCGUAAUGCACCCCUCAGGAGACCAACCAUCCCACGCCUCGAGCUCAUGGCGAGCCUGAUGGCAGUCCGAACCAGCAACCUCAUUAGGGCUGAGCUUGAUUUUCCCAUCGACUGCAUUGUUUUCUGGACCGACUCACUAACAGUGCUCCAGUAUAUCAAGAACAAAACGAGAAGAUUCCAUCGCUUCGUUGCCACCAGAUUAGAGGAAAUCCAUGAGCAUACUACACCCGAUCAGUGGCAUCAUGUCCCAGGAACCCUGAAUCCAGCGGAUGAUGGAUCUCGAGGCAUGCCUAUAGAAGCCCUUCACCCUGGAUGCCGCUGGUGGACUGGACCCAAAUUCUUAUGGCAAACAGAGGAACAUUGGCCUCACCGCAAAGUGGGUGACAUCCUGGAGAAUGACAAGGAAGUAAUCACUCCGAGAACCAAUCAGAGUAUAACAGCUACAGCUGUUUCCUCCUUGGAUGAAUUGUUGAGGAAGUUUUCCUCAUGGCCUAAGCUGGUCAGGACUGUGGCAUUGAUCAUGCGUUUUCUUCAAUUUGUCAGGUCCAAAUGCAGUGUACCAGCCAUAUCUAACCAUGGCGGGAUCAGAUUAACAGAGAUGCUCACCGCUUCAAAGGCCAUCAUAAAAAGGGUCCAACGGCAGUAUUUCCAAGGAGAGCUGGAAGCCUUGGAGUCUGGUAAACCUGUGAAGAAAGACAGUAAGUUAAGUACACUUAGUCCAAUCCUCGUCAAUGGUACAAUAUGCGUUGGAGGCCGGCUACGACAUGCACCAGUAGCCUUUCAAGCCAUCCAUCCAUUGGUGAUCCCAAGCGAGCAUCCCAUUGCUACACUGCUUGUUCGACAUCACCAUGAGAUCUUUGGACAUGCAGGUCGGGAACAUGUGCUAUCUACACUGCGUCAGAAAUUCUGGAUUCUCAACGCCCGCGCAUUGACCCGACGUAUACUACGCUCCUGCAUAGCCUGCCGCAAACGACAUGAAGGUGUCAUGAAACAGAUGAUGGGAGACCUACCGAAGCCCAGACUCACACCUCAUGAGCCACCCUUUACCUACACGGGGGUGGACUUCUUCGGUCCCUUCCACGUCAAGAGGGGUCGUAGCUCUGAGAAAGUUUAUGGAUGCAUCUUCGUCUGUCUCACCUGCAGGGCUAUCCACAUUGAGGAUGUUGGAUCCUUAGAGUCAGACGCCUUCAUCCAAGCCCUGCGACGCUUUAUUAACAUUCGUGGGGCCGUCAAGGAAGUCUGGAGUGACAAUGGUACCAAUUUCACUGGUGGUGAAAAGGAAAUUAGAGAUGCCAUUCAAGACCUGGACCACAACAUCAUUCAGAGAUCCCUGCAUGAGAAAGAUGUCGAAUGGCAUUGCCAACCAUUGACAAAGUGGCAUUUCCACCCCCCAACCGCCAGCCAUAUGUCCGGGGUGUGGGAGCGACUCAUCAGGAGUGUCCGUGGUACCAUGAAGGCCAUCCUAGGUCACCCUCAUGCCUUCAUUACCAGGGAGACCCUCAGAACUGUCUUUGCUGAGACAGUCGGAAUACUCAACAGUCGGCCUUUAUGCCCAAGCAGCGACGACCCUGAUGACUGCGAACCCAUUACUCCCAGUCAUCUCCUACAACAACGAAAAGGGAUGUCUUUGCCGCCAGGAGAUUUCCAAGACAGAGACCUGUAUUCCCGCAGGCAAUGGCGAAGGGGCCAAAUUCUCUCAAACCACUUCUGGAUGUUUACCACUCAAGGUUAUUGGGAGAACAUCUCCGACCACGUGAAACCAAACACCAAAGAUCUUCUGACCUUUUCAAUGAAGUCUAAGGCGGAUUCCACAGUAAAAGAUAUACAAAAGAAAUCGUCAAGUUCUGAAGAUGGUGUUAUUUCUCCGAAUGACGUUUACAGAGAAGGGAAUAAGGUUUAUAUUAAGAGAUUGUUUGGUAGAUAUUGUCCUGUUGCCCUCCUAGAAAGAUACAUUCUGAUGGCUAAAGUAGAUCUUAACAGCAAUUUGCCACUCUUUAGCUGA